AUGGCAUCUCAGUCGGGGAAGAAUAAACAGGAAUUGGGGCUGGCGUCGCUCUCGGAUCGGCUGAGGAACGCUCAUGUCCACGGCGGAGAAGGCAGCGCCGCGAAUGGCGACAAGCCGGACUUCCGGGAACUCGAUCUGGGCUCGCCCGUUUCGCCGCUCCGAACCCGGAACGCCGGUGGGCCCCCAGCCACCACGAGCAGUAGCUCCAGUUCGUCCGGAUCGGUCUCGGGCCGGAAUCCUGGCGGGCACAACGUGAAUCCACCCAGGAAGCCAGAUUCCAACCCCAACAGCAACUCGGGCGAGCUAUCCGCCGAGAGCUCCCCAUCGGCGAUCCGGAACUCCCGGUCGGGACAUGCACCAUUGGACUCAUUUAGGUCGUUUAAGCAUGUUUACUCCGGGUCGUCCGGGUCCGUCACGUCCCCGCCCGUGAAUUUGCUCCCCACCGGCAACAUCUGCCCCUCGGGCCGCGUCGUGAAAACCGGGAUGGCCAGCCGGUCCACGAAGACUGACGUCUUAGGCUCCGGCUCCGUGAACUAUGGCCACGGCAGCAUAAUGCGGGGCGGGCCCUCAUCUAAACCGGGCCUUGACUGCGGGCCCGUGCACUACCCCAAGGGGGCAAUAGCUGGCGAAAGAGCGGGGUCCUCUGGAGUCGGUGACCCGGAGGAGUUGAAGCGGCUAGGAAAUGAUUGUUACAAAAGGGGUAAUUUUGCAGAGGCUCUGAGCUUUUAUGAUAAGGCAAUUGCUAUAUCGCCAGGCAAUGCCGCCUAUCAUUUUAACCGUUCGGCGGCUCUAAUGGGGCUGAGGCGGUUUGCAGAGGCUGCCAGAGAAUGUGAAGAGGCUAUUAGAUUGGAUCCGGGCUAUGUGCGGGCGCAUCAUAGAUUGGGAUCUCUGCUCCUUAGUUUAGGACAGUUCGAGAAUGCAAGAAAGCACAUUUGCUUUCCUGGGCAGCAGCCAGAUCCCACAGACGUACAGAAGCUGCAAUGCAUAGAGAAGCACUUGAGCAAAUGUACCGAUGCACGAAAAAUGGGUGACUGGAAAAGCACAUUGAGAGAAGUUGAUGCCACCAUUGCUUCGGGAGCUGAUGCUUCUCCUCAGCUUUGGGCUUGUAAAGCGGAAGCUCUUUUGAAACUCCACCGAAUAGAUGAAGCCUUUUUGGCUCUAUCUAACAUCCCCACAUCCGCUCUUUGUGUGAGCUUCCAUUCCCAAUUGCGUAUAUUUGGUAUGCUUUUAGAAGCGUACGUGUAUGUCGUUAGGGCCCAGAUCGAGUUAGCCUUGGGAAGGUUUGAUAGUGCACUUGCAGCAAUCGAGAAAGCUGGCGAGAUUGACUCAUCUAAUGUUGAAAUCUCGAAGCUUCUUAACAAUGUGAGGUUGGUGGGCCGUGCCCGUACCCGUGGGAAUGAUUUGUUCAAAUCGGAGAGGUUUACUGAGGCCUGCUCGGCUUAUGGGGAGGGCCUCAGGCUGAACCCCACAAAUUCUGUACUGUAUUGCAAUAGAGCCGCUUGUUGGUUUAAGCUCGGUCAGUGGGACUGUUCGGUUGAUGACUGCAAUCAAGCCCUCCGUAUCCAGCCGAGUUACACGAAGGCUCUGCUAAGAAGGGCUGCCUCUAACUCCAAGCUUGAGAGAUGGAGUGAUGCUGUGAGAGACUAUGAGGUACUGAGAAUGGAACUUCCGGAUAACAAAGAGGUUGCUGAGUCACUUUUUCAUGCCCAAGUCGCCUUAAAGAAGUCACGUGGGGAGGAGGUGCACAACAUGAAAUUUGGCGGUGAAGUUGAAUCCAUAUUGGGCCUCGAGCAAUUUCGAGCCGCUAUUUCUUCGCCUGGUGUAUCCGUGGUCCAUUUUAAGGGCUCGAGUGUAGAGUGUGAACAUAUAUCCCCAUUUUUAGACACCCUUUGCGCACGGUAUCCAUCUAUUAAUUUUCUCAAGGUGGAUAUUGAAGAGAGUACUGCAGUUGCUCAUGCUGAGAAUAUUCGAAUAGUGCCGACUUUCAAGAUCUACAAAAAUGGAGUUCGAGUUAGAGAAAUCAUUUGCCCGAGCCCGGAGGUUUUGGAGUCAUCCGUGAGGCAUUAUAGCAAUUAA